UCAGCGCCUCCUCCUCAACCUCAUUCCUCAAAUCAGCGCCGCACAGCUCCCGCCUGCACCUGAACCUCGUCGCCCCACCCCCGUCGCAGAUCUGUGCCUGCACCGCGCCGCCUGCACCUGAACCGCGUCGCCUGCACCGGUCCGCUCGUCGCGCCUGCAUCUGCACCGCGCCGCGUCGCCGUAUGCCUCUGCAUCGCCGACUGCUCCAGAGAUUGCACCGCGCCGCAUCGCCGCCUGCAUCUGCACCGGUCGCCGCACCUGCAUCUGCAUCGCCGCGCGGCCCGCGCCGCCCCACCCUUCCGGCCGCAGAUCUGCUCGCCGCCUGCUCCAGAGCUUGCAUAGCGUCGCCGCACCGCCUGCACCCUGCCGGCCGCAGAUCUGCUCGCCGCCUGCUCCAGAGCCUACAGCGCGUCGCCGCGCCUGUUUACUUGCUGCCGUGCUUGAGUAUCUCGCAGCCGAGAAUGCAGUUAAUGGACAAUUCAAAUCUAAUAGAAAAUACUCCUCAAGUAGAUGAGAUUAUGGUGGAAGUGAAUGAUGUGGAGAAAGAAGUUGUGGAUUGAAGAGGUGUUUGCAAAAGAAGCUUCACGUUAAGUUACAAGCUUGAAGGAAGAUUGAAUGCUUGACAUUUGUUCUAGUAUCAUCUUAUUUUGAUGUAUUUGAAACUUUUCAUGAUGUAUGUUUCUACAUGGAUAUUGUUUAUUUUAC